CUCUGUCUGUGUGUGUGUACUGUAGCACAGUAAGCGCAGGAAGGGGGCAGGGUUGGUUGGCGCUUUUCCUUUGCCUGUUUGACCAUCACAAUUUGCUGAAUCACACAAACUCUUCCGCGUCGUCAAAACUUUGAAGACACAUCGCAGUGGAUUCCAGUCCGUGGAUACAUAACUCGACAUUUCCCCACCGUCAGACAGAAAAGGUGUCCCCUUUCGUGCAACUCUUCAUGGCGAAAAGACCUUUCUUUCUCACUUCUUCCUUCUGUCACCUACGGGACCACCACUCGCGAGACACAAGCCUUUAAAAGUUUGCCUUUUCAUGUGAAUGUACAGGACUCGUAUGAGAAAUGAAGCUCAGUAGACAGUUCACAGUUUUUGGCAGUGCUAUAUUCUGUGUGGUGGUAUUUUCCUUGUACCUGAUGUUGGAUCACUUAGAUUAUAGCAAAAACCCAAAUGGAGAGAAAACGCAAAACGGCCAGCUUGGUAUUCUGCAGGAUAAAAUAGACCACUUAGAAAGACUGCUUGCAGAGAACAACGAGAUCAUUGCCAACAUCAGGGACUCCGUAAUUAAUCUGAGAGAAACUGUGAAAGUUGGGAAAAUUUUUCCUGAAGGGAACAUGAGUCAGGGAGACUUGGAAUUGCUGCCUCCUGCUCCUGCACUGAUCCCCAUCCACUCAGAGGACUGCCAGUUUGCAGCACGGACGUACUCCAAGGCAGCGGAUGGAGUACAGAUGCUGGAUGUUUAUGAUUUGCUCAGCUUUGAUAACCCUGAUGGUGGAGUAUGGAAGCAAGGCUUUGAUAUCUCUUAUCAGGCUGACGAAUGGGACAGUGAGCCACUGCAAGUCUUUGUUGUGCCCCAUUCACAUAAUGACCCUGGCUGGUUGAAGACAUUCGAUGACUACUAUCGAGACCAGACGCAACACAUUCUCAACAACAUGGUGGUGAAACUACACGAAGACAUUCGGCGAAAAAUGAUCUGGUCUGAGAUCUCAUAUUUUGCAAAAUGGUGGGACAGCAUCGACGAGCAGAAACGAGACGCCGUCAGGAGGCUUGUAGAGAACGGUCAGUUCGAGGUGGCUACAGGAGGCUGGGUGAUGCCCGACGAAGCCAACACCCACUACUCUGCGUUGAUAGAUCAGUUAAUUGAAGGCCACCAGUGGUUGGAAAAAAAUUUGGGAGUGAAACCCAAGACUGGCUGGGCUGUGGAUCCAUUCGGUCACUCUCCUACCCAGGCGUACCUGCUCAGACAGGCUGGUCUGUCCAACAUGCUGAUCCAGAGAACACACUACACAGUGAAGAAACACUUCUCCUCCCAGAAGACCCUAGAGUUCUUCUGGAGACAGAACUGGGAUCAGGACUCAAGUUCAGACAUUUUGUGUCACAUGAUGCCAUUCUACAGCUACGAUGUUCCUCAUACAUGUGGUCCUGACCCAAAGAUCUGUUGCCAGUUUGACUUUAAAAGACUGCCUGGAGGAAGAAUCAGCUGUCCGUGGAGAAUCCCUCCUCAGGCCAUCACAGACAACAACGUAAAGGAGAGAGUUCAGACGCUGUUGGACCAGUACAGGAAGAAAUCCAAGCUUUUUCGGACCAAGGUUCUGCUAGCACCACUUGGAGAUGAUUUCCGCUACACUGAAGCUGUCGAAUGGGACCAACAGUUUAAUAACUACCAGAAACUCUUUGACUACAUGAAUUCUCACCCUGAGCUCCACGUCAAGGCCCAGUUUGGAACCAUUUCAGAUUAUUUCGAGGCCUUGCGUAAAAGCACUGGCAUGGAUCCGGAGGGCAUGAACGUUGGCCAGUUGGCGUUGCCUGUGCUAAGCGGAGACUUUUUCACUUAUGCGGAUCGAGACGACCACUACUGGAGCGGAUACUUCACCUCACGGCCGUUCUAUAAACGCUUGGACAGAAUACUGGAAUCACAUCUUCGGGCAGCUGAGGUCCUCUACUCUCUGACCUUGGCCAGCAUUCAGAAGUACGGCCGGCCCAGUGAAUACCCUGCUGUGGAUAAUUAUAAGUUACUGACAGAAGCCAGACGCAAUCUCGGUCUCUUCCAACACCAUGAUGCCAUCACAGGCACAGGCAAAGACUGGGUGGUUGUGGACUAUGGAACCAGGUUGUUUCACUCUAUUCUGAACCUAAAGCGAGUGAUUGUGAGCUCGGCUCAUUGGUUGGUGCUCAAGAAUAAACAAACAUACUACCAUGAUCCUUCAAAUCCAUUUCUUCAGAUGGAUGACGUUCAGCCAUCCCAAGACGCCCUACCUCGCAAAACUGUUCUUGAAGUUAGUGAAAAACAAAGGUUGCUGGUAGUUUCCAACCCCACAGAGCAGGCCAGGUCAUCCAUGGUUACAGUGUACGUGAACACUGCUAACGUGCGCGUGCUUAAUGCUCUUGGUCAUGUGGUCCGCGCUCAAGUCAGUGCAGUGUGGAAUGAUGCCACUCAUGCUGCUGCCGACGUCUUCCAGUUGUCUUUCGUGGCUCACGCUGCUCCUCUGGGUCUGAGCGUGUACCAGCUGAUGGAAGGAAUGGAGCCAAGGACAGAAGCUGCUAAGUACAUGUUUCUUCAGGAUGGCGGCUCCAUUUCAGUCAAUAAAUUGGAGCAUUUCCGACAGUUCUACCAAAACGAUGUAGCUCCGGUGCACAUUGAAAAUCCUCACCUCAAACUCUCCAUCUCUACAGCUACAGGUCUUUUAGAGAAAAUGAGGUUGAAGGACGAUGAUUCAGAGCACCAGGUCAAAGUGGAGUUUGUUUGGUACGGCACCACCAGCAAUAAAGACAAGAGUGGCGCCUACCUGUUCCUGCCUGACAAAGAAGCAACAAUUUACUCUCCCUCGCAACCGCCGGUGGUUCGAGUCACUAAAGGGCCGUUGUUUUCUGAAGUCACCACUACCUUCACACACAUCAAACACACUCUCCGGCUCUACAACAUCCAGGGUGUGGAGGGUCAGUCUGUUGAGAUCUGUAACACUGUAGAUAUAAGAGGCGAAAUCAACCAUGAAAUUGCAAUGAGGAUAACCUCGGAUCUGAACAGCAAGGAUCGAUUCUUUACUGACCUCAAUGGCUACCAGGUGCAGCCGAGGAAAGCCAUGGCUAAGCUCCCCCUGCAGGCAAACUUCUACCCCAUGACCAGCAUGGUCUAUCUGCAGGACUCCAGCGCCAGACUCUCUCUACUCACGGCACAGUCACUCGGAGCGGCCAGCCUCAAGAGCGGUCAGCUGGAGGUGAUAAUGGACCGCAGGCUCAAUCAGGAUGAUAAUCGAGGUUUGGGUCAGGGAGUCCUGGACAAUAAGAUCACUGCCAACUCCUUCCGCUUAUUGCUGGAGAAGAGGAGCUCUGCGGAGGAGGCCCAGAAUGAGGAGACCGUACCGAAUAGUUAUCCAUCUAUACUGAGUCAGAUGUCGUACAUGUACCUCAACCACCCCCUCAUCUCGAUGCCAGUCAGUCAGAACUCGGACGCUCCAUCCUUGAUUCCCUACAGCCCUCUGAGCGCCUCCUUCCCCUGCGACAUGCAUCUGGUCAACCUGCGCGCUAUCCAGUCUAAGGAGGAAGGGGGAGGUCCAUCCGAGCAAGCUGCUUUGAUACUGCACAGAAAAGGCUUUGACUGUGGCUUCUCCAAUCGGAACACUGGCCUACUGUGUGCCACCACACGUGGCAAGAUUAAUUUAGAGAAGCUCCUGACAGAUCUGAAGGUGAAAAGCAUCACUCCUGUUUCGCUGUCUCUGAUGCACACAUACAAUAGCGAAGCCGACCCGCAGGAGAUCAGCCUUAAACCCAUGGAAAUCAGGACUUACCGCCUCCAGCUGAGCUGAGCUGAGCCGCAGUCACACCGGCUCAUGCACUCGAGAGCCUUCAGCCGAGGACUCGUUCAGUGACUGUCAAUAUAAACCUUAUGCUUCACAGCAAAGUGCAAUAUGAAAUCUAGAAGAAUUCCCAACCAGCUCUCUCAGGUUAUUUGAACAGAACGUGAAGCUUCUUGUGUGUGAUUCACUGUGCCGAGAGUUGACGUUUCUUCUUUGCUGGGAACGUACAUGUUGUCGUACGAUUUUAAAGCGUUGCUACAGUGGGAAUGGCGCAAGAAACGCUUUUCUUGCUUCUGUUAUUUGAUGAAGAGAAAAGCUUCUGUUUGAUCAGAGGGCUUGUCCUGUUCAAUUUAUCCUCAAUUCCCAGAUUAAAGCUAAUAUAUAGAUUGGAAAAUUGAUUGGAUUCUUACCUGAAUUUAAUUUUAUCUU